AUGAACAGUGAUGAUCAAUUUGUACGCUACAUGACAGAAAUUUACAAGAAACAACACUUGGAUAUAUACAUGAACCAACAGCAAAAUAAACCAAUAACUCAUCAUACACGCACCACUACCCAAUCACUAUCAAGUCGACUACAAGUAACACGACAAUUACCACAGCUAAUGGACCAUCCAGUUACAUUCGGUCACAUUCAAGAAAUACAUUGCCAUCAUCAUCACCAGAACCAGAUACCAAAGACAUCUAUAAUCGAUCGGGUUACACGACCAAGUCCAUCUUCAGCAAACCACCAAGUUUCAUCAACACCACGACGGCCAUUAGAAGAAAGUGGAUCCGAAAAUCAAUCUCAAAGACAAAUAAAGAAGUCAAGACCUCAUGAAACUACACCAUCAGCUCCUCCACAAAUAUCAACAACAGUUAAACCAUUUCAUCUACCAACAGCACAUCUUAAACGAGCAGUAGCGAAUAAUCUACCGUGCUUUUAUAUAAAAUUUGAGAGUAAUAUAACUCAAUGUAGUAAACCACCAGCCAUGAAAGUGACAAGAUGGAUUCGUCAAACAGUCCAACAACAAUCAUCUGAACCAAUAGGAGACUUUUCUAUACUGAUACCUGUUGGUACAAAUCGAUAUAAAUUGGACGUAACAUCAAAAAAUGAUUUCUUAUUACUUUGGAACUGUAAGUGGCCAAAUGAAAUGGACAACAUUGAAGUUGAAAUACAACGACCUCCUUCUCUACCUGAUUGUUGUGCACUGGUAGUGCGCUACGCACCAGCUGAUCUAUUAAAUGGAUUGGUCUAUCAAGAAAUUACUAAAUCAAUUAGCUCAGCAAGUUCCUUCUAA